AUGUGCAGCAAUCAAGACUCAGAACCUCAGGAGGCCUGGGAUGAGAUCAGUGCAAUAUGUUCUAAGAGAAGGCUGAAUCGCAGUGAGGAAGAGGACAGCCUGGAUGAUCCUCCGAAGAGCACGACUGGAUUCGAAGUGAACUUCUCUAGCGAUCUUCCAGAGCCACUGGAUCCAGAGCCAUUGGUAUCAGACUUGGCGGCUUUCAGUGAAAGCAAUCGGGAUAUGUCAGAAGAUUGUGUUGCGGUGAGCAACGAGAAUGUCGAGCAAUCGAGCCACACCAUUACAGAACUGAGCAAUCGCUAUGGCGCAACCUCCACAGUCAAUGCAAUCGGAUUGGGUCUCGCUAACGACUCUUCACCGUCAUUUCCUUGUCGUAGCGAAAACGUGACUACCAAAGUAUCUGACUGGCUUGAUUAUGGAUUCUUGAACCCUUCAUCCCCUAUGACUGACUAUUUGAGGCCGGACAACAGGGGCACUGAUCGCCCCUUCCCCUCUAGGCGUGUUGCGCUAUCAAUGUUUCCACCUAGAUCGCCAUUUACAGGGAAUCGCGAGUAUACACCACCUAACAGCCCAUUUCUUCAGUCAUUCAGCCCGAUUUCGCCGUUGAACAAUGGGAGAGACGUUUAUGGCAAUUACAUCCCUUCGAACACACGUGAUUACUUCACUACACAGCUACUGUCUUCUUCGCCAAACUCUCAACCAAUCAACAAGCACAAGACUCCAUCUGUGAGCGGGAAGUCAUCAUCAACAAGUCGGCUACAUGGCUUUCGCUGGGACAAGCUGAAAUCGCUUUGGAAAGUAGCUGAUACUCAGGUAUUCGGCCCACGAACCAAUCCUCAUCCUCUGCAACUCAUCCCCAACGAAGACUUCAUACCGCAGGAAACACCCAUAGUCACAUAUGCAAGAUGGCCUAUCAAUCAAGCUCCACUCAGUAUCUGUUCGCGGUUGCUUGCAAGUCAGCCUAGAACAGACUUGCAGGCGGUGGACAGUGUGAAAAGCAGACCCUCUACCUGUACUAGCAGAAGUGAUGCAAAAGAAACUAACUCACAAACGAGAGCACAACAAUUGGCCGACACAAACUGCACUCCAACUCACAAUAUUCACUCUAAUGCCAUAACAGGCAAUGGCAAAAUUACCCCCAGAGACGAGAAGAGAUGGCACAAAGACAAUCUUCCGCCACCACCUAGAUUUCUACCAGCGCCGCCUCCCCAAAGCGUUCGAGCUCAACAGCGAAAUGUCAACUUGUCUCUGUAUGCAGAAAUGCAGAGUCAUGGAGUUAAAUCGCUUGCAUGUAACAAGAAGGACUGUAAACCUAACAACGGACCUAGAAAUGAAUCACCUGGUGCUUGUCGAAAAGACGAAAGCAUUCGAGAAAUGCGAUUUACAGAGAGGCAGGAGCGGCCAUCGAGAAAAACAAACGGCGAACGCCAGGAGAACCUCGGGUACCGAGAAGAAGCACACAAACAAAAGCAUGAUCUGAUCACAGCUGGAUGUGAAGAUGGCACCACCAAGACAAUAACAGAACGCGAUUUGGAUAGCCGCUUCGAGUUAAAUCUCAUAGUAGACUCGGAUCCACAAUCUUCCAAGGUUCCAGCCGCAUCAUCACGAUACUUGCCUCUUCAUAGCCCCAUUCCUGUUUCUCCUCAGUACUCGAACGAACAGAUGAGCCACACGGGAACAUUUGGCCAUGCCGCUGCUAUCCCAUCACCAAAACCUGUCGCGUCGGCUACUAUCCAAAAACAUCAAACUUCGCUUCAUUCUGCGCUUUCGAAAGCAGGAAAACUCUCACGCUCUGUCCUGAAUUUACCUUUUGUAACUGGAUCGAAAUCUGGUUCACAGUACCAUCGACUGGUAGACUUGAACGAGAAUGAGCCGACAAGAAUUAGUAUGAGUGCAGAUAGCAAUGGGUGGCCUCGCACGUGUGAUUCGGGCCCAAGAAAAGAAAUGAAGAGAUGCAGCAGGGAGAAGGAAAAUGGAACGAGAAAGAUUGAAGGCCUAGAUCCCGAGAGUUACUUUGAUACAAAAGGCUCUGGAGGAAACGAGUACUUAAUUGCACCAGCAGUAAGUAAUGAUGCUGAUGGGUCUCAAUCAGCUGGUUUUACGAAGCGACAGAAUGUACCUACUCCCGGUGUCGAACUUGCUCCUACCUCCAACCUGAACGAUACACCGGAUCAAUUCCAAGCAGACUUCGCUACGCGGUACAAGGCGAACGGCGCUAUGCAUUCUCAUCAAACGACUCAAGAAUGGCUUGAUAGCAUCGUUCUCAGAGCCAGUACUACGACACAACCCAGACUCAACAGAAGCAGCGACUCCAACGAUAAAAUUGAUCACCCAUCUCACCCUCCAUCCACCCCGAUAUUGUCUACUCACAACAGUCACGCAAGUCUCGACAGUGCCACACAAGAAGCUCUUUUCGUCGCUGAACGUAUCCGCCAACACGAUGCAAGAUUUAGCGCCGACGGCGAGGGAACUAUGAUCCGAUCGAGUUUCAGCUCUGAUUCUUCAGACGAGUUUACACAGCAAGAGGAAGAGGAAGAGAAGCAGAAGCAGAAGCGGGAAAAGCAGAAUUUUUGGGGAAGGCAGGAUCUUGCUAGGGUUAUGGCGUCGAUGCGUUCGUAUGAGUAG